CACUGGCGCGUCGUCUACAGUUCAUCUUAGGUUGUACGAAGUGUCGGACACACUACCGACUGGUGUAGAGUGCAGUUGUGAAGAUGCGUGUAGUUUUUCUACGACUUGACGUGUAUUCUUAACGGUUCGUUUGAACACGCAGAACGGGGCAUGCAUUUCAAAGCUUGCGGCAAAAGUGUACGAUUGAGAAUAAAAGCUAUUGAUGGAUGCUCGGGAAAAUGUAAUGACCCAAUAUCUAAUGUUCAAACUAUACAAUUACUGAUUCAAUGUAUGUUACGCGGAACAUUAUGUGACACUAGCGAGCAUUUUACUGAUUGUGAAGGCUAUCUUUAUAGAUUUGUGAAAUUAAGAUAGUUUUUAUAGGGCAUAGAUUUUAACUAUUGUUCUGGUAUGGUUUCGAUGUGUGGAAUUGCCCAAACAGUGAUAUCAUUUCUUAUCUGCGCCAAUCUAUCGUGUUAUGGAUGUGUAUCGAAAUACUUAUGUGAUAUUAAUUACCGUUUGAUUGACAAUAAAACCAUUUAAAUGAAUGGUGCACGAAAUCAAUCUUAUAACAUGCUGUUUUGAACUUAAGUUACCUUGUGAGAAUCGAUUACAGUUGAAUGCUACAUUAUAACAUGUUUUAAACGUGUGGUUUUAUCAACUGACAUAGUGUUUUCGAUUUCUAAGCGUAAGACAUACUACUAGUAUUUUAAAAAAAUGCAAUCAACUACGUUGGUACAGUAAACUUAAUUUGUAAUUAUGUUUCAAACGUUUUAAUGCUUAUGAAAUGAUGCAACCUUAACAAUCAAAUAAUACCCUAACGAAGUUUAAACCGCUGUCUCUAUGAGCGAUCCGUAUAAAAAUAGAACAAAGUGAAACACCAUUAUGGUUCCAGCAUACCAUUACUCUCUUUUUCCAUAAAUGUGCCAAUCAUAUACCGAUUCUUGACGCACCAACAUCAUCGUUGCACACGAUGACGAUGCACCGGCUGAGGAGAAAAGAGCGAUGACGUUUCUGAAGUUGUACGGUUUACAUACGUGUUACGAUUUGAGGUUUAUGCUGAUGGUGAAAAUGCGACUGCGAAAAUGAAAACUAAUCAACACACCAGUUGUUGUAGUGUCGAUGGAGUAUGAAUGGUGCGCGCAUAUUGUGUCGUCUUAUUUGCAAACGAAACAAUUGAGUACGACGACCUGCUGGUAGCUGUAAAAAAACACACACACACUCCGAAAACGAACUGGUUACGUGCGUGUCAAUCUAUCGGCCCAACUCAAAUAACGUUUUUAGUGCAAUGUUGUUUAGUGCGCUGUGUUCCAGUGCCGUAGACCUUGUGGAUAGCAAAUGAAACGGCAAAUGACAAAAAGAGGUUUGAGAAGCAUGAAUGCAGUGGAAAAGCGUGAAACUGUCUUUGCAAGACGUGUUAGUAUCCACACACAUUUGAAACACACGGCUACAGUCAAACUUACCAUUAUCGUUAGCACAAAAUAGCACUGUAGCCGCUGUAUCUUACACGAAAAGAAAGCGAAAGUGUGAGCAUUACGGCAUGUGAUAGUAAUAAACAUACUGAAACUUACUGAAAACGCGUACAGCAGGCUUGAUGCGUGGCCUGGUUGAGCUUUGUUUUACUUCAUUGUGCACUAUGAAGUUGAAAAAGAGAGUGUGUGUGUGUCAGUUCGUGUGAUCAUUAUUUGGUAUGUGUUAGUAGUGUUUGAUCCUCACAACCAUAUAUUUUAAACUUGUGUGAUGAUACCAUUCAUUGAAAUUUCGUGUAUGCCAUGGUUAAUAUGCAAUUAUUCGCAAAGUGUUAUGUGCUCUUUUCCAAUGUGGAUGCGUAAAGUAGCCCUUACUGACAAAAACUGAUCGCUAAGCAGAACUUAUUUUUACCUUCCGUUUAUGUGAGUCGGAUAAAUUGACCUCAAAAUAGUAUAUUCAUUUUUUUUCUCGUUAAAACCAGAACACAGCGAUCGGUCGAAGAAGAGAGUUGUUGAGGUAAAAAUUCUCCAUUGCCAUCUUUUCGACAAGAGCUAACAAAUGGAGCAUUGAAGUAACACUUGCCAGCAGCGCAGCGGGAGCAGACUGCAGACGUUUGCUAGUGUUACGCAGUUUAAAUUAGAAGCGAAAAAAUCAUUAUGUUGAUUUGUUACAAUUUUUAGUCUAUAAAUACUAAUCUUCGUUCCGGGCGGUGCGGUACGGUACUACUAGUAUUGGCGGUAUUAGUGCUGGUUUGCCAUGGUGCGCUUGACGCCAUCGACCAACAGUAAACAAAGUUAAGAAAAGAACCCCUUGCCCAGAAAACUGUACGGACCGACCUGCCUGGUGAAAGCGGCGCAGUAGACAUUUUUCAAACACAUCGUGUCGUCGCGUGCCUUCGCCAUCGAACGCGAGCUCGUGCUUGGUUGAAUGCGAACGAGACCUGGGAUGAGAAAGAACGGGUGAUACAUACACUUCACACAGCAAUAUCAUCAGUAUCAUCAUCAUCAGCAUUCACCGAAUCAUCUCUGUUGUGAAUAUUGAAGAAAAAAUAGCCUUGCUAUCGGUUAUAUCCAGCACUAGUUCUCCCUUCGCGUGCAGUACACUACGUUGCGGGUAGAGAGAAACGGCACCUUUUCAUCACAAACUCAGCGUGUGUAUCCUUUUGAAAAACAACGAUCAAAGGAUCGGCUACUGACUGGUUACACCCCCAAUCGCUUCUUAUUCAGAGAUAUUCGGCCCAGCAGAGCAACCGCUCACCUUUAUUAAUGAACGUUUGGCAACAAAAAUUCCUCAAGCGGCCAGCUGACGAUAUCGAUUCCGCCUCCGAUUCGUAUGAGCCACCGGUGAAACUACAGCAUAACGGAUCCGAGAAUCUUACCAAAUUCUCCGUGGAAAUCGUUCAACAGCUGGAGUUCACGACGUCGGCCGCCAACUCGCAACCUCAGCAAAUCAGUACAAACGUUACUGUUAAAGCAUUAACCAAUGCGUCCGUUAAGAGCGAAGGAUCUACAGCAAAUGGUGGCUCGGGCGGAGGCAUUGGUGGAACCGGAGGCGGCAAUGGAAUGCCUGGUCAGCAACAACAACAGCAACCAAACAAUAAUCCGACGCCGUCCCCGCACAUGCAUGAUCUUGGCAACAUCGUGGAUUUUAAGCAAGAACCCGAAAAUGAAUUCGCUGAUCUUUCGGCAGCAUUGGAGAAGGAUGCGGCGGCCAAUGGUCACUUUCCGGGAUUAUCGGACUUCAUUGGGGAUGACACGAACGAUGAAAACGACACCUUCAAGGAUCUCAUAUCAGAUCUCUCGGACUUCCAGUCCGAUUUUCUCGAUUUCGAGGAAAAACCGCAACCACCGAUGCAGCCUCAAGGACAGCAGCAGCAACCAUCACACCAACAGCAAUCGCAAAUGCAAUCGCAGCAGCAUCAACAGCAUCAACAACACCAGCAGCUCAUGCAGUCACAGCAAAAUCAGCAGCAUAUGCAGCAGCAUCAUCCACAACAACCACCACACCAUCCAUUGCAGCAUCAGCAGAUGCAUCAUCAGCAUAGUCAACAGCAACAACACCAACCGCAUCCUCCAGGAGCUCAGCAAAUGUUAUCAAAUCUACAGCAGCAACAGCAGCAGCAGCAUCACCGGACACAUCCGCAACACCUUCAGCAACAUCUUCAACAACAGCAGAUCCAACAUCAUCAGCAGAUCGAGGUGAAGCAAGAGCAUUGUAUCAAACAGGAACACCCCAGUCCUGGCUUAUUAGAUAAUAUGGGUAUAAAGCGUGGUGGCCCGCUAACGCCACAGCAACAACAGCAACAUCAGCAGCAGCAGCAACAACAGCAACAACAACAACAGCAGCAACAGUAUUCAAAUACAUUUGGUGAUGGGAUUGGUGGACCAGGCGUUGCGGCGGGAACUGGACCAAUGGCAAAGCAGCGUCCUGGAUAUGGCAAUACUCAAAAUGGUCCCAUACCCGAACUCUCUCCCGCGGCCCAAACACUUAAACACAUGGCCGAGCAGCAUCAACAUAAGAACGCCAUGAACAUGGGUUUCCCUCGAAAUGGACCCCAAAUUCCACAAGGUCAACAGAGGCCUCCAUUCGCAGAGUUCAGUCAGUAUGCGGGCAACGAGUUUAUGAACUCGUCAGUUGGUAGUACAGGUAGCCCCGUAAGUGGCAAUAACCCUGUCGGACCAGGAUCGCUUCCGCUAGGCGGUGGUGUACCUGGUAGUGGUGCUGGUGCUGCUGGUCCGGGCCAGGGUCCAGGGUCUGUUUCUGGAGGCCAAUUUCACAAGGCGAACGUGCCGCCAUUCCCUGGUGCUGAUCUUAUAAAGCAAGAGUUGUUUGCAUCUCAGAAUGAUUUCGAUCUCAAACCCACGCUAAACCGUUUACAAUCGUCAAUGGGGCCAAACGGUCCUAAGAUUGGUCCAGUACCAGGCGGGUUCGUCAAAACACCCAACCAACAACAGCAACCACCGCCCCAACACCCACAGCAGCAACAGCAACAACAGCAAUCACAACAACAGCAACAAUAUUCACCAUAUGGUUCGCCCGGAGGAAUACCAAACCACGGGGGAAGUCCCGUACCAGGAUUUAUGCCAGGUUCACGCGGUGCUGGCACUGGACCGGGCAUCGCAGCAAAUCAAGGACCAGCUGGUGGACCCAACGUUUCUGGAGCAGGUGGUCCCGGCGGCCCGGGUGGAGGAGCUGGUAGUGGUGGUGGUGGUGGUGGUGGUGGUGGUGGAGGCGGUGGUGGAGGUGGUGGAGGAGGAGGUGGUGGUGGCAACACUAACUCAGGUGGUCCUGGCGGUAAUGGCGGCGGAAUGCCACCUCGGGGCGGAGCCCCUAACGCAGGAUCGAUGCCGGGAGGACAGAAUUCAACAAUGCUUCAGAUGAAGCAAACGCAACAGCUGCACAUUAGUCAACAGGGCCCAGGGGGUCAUGGCAUUCAGGUAAGCGCCAACUGCGAAACAACGAUUGGUCGUCAAUCCAAACGGAACAACAAAACUGUUCACACGGUGUCAGCCGGUCAGCAUUUACAUCUUAGUGGUGAUCUUAAAACGGGUGUUUCGGUAGCCGCACAACAAGGUGUUUUCUUCAGCCAACAACAAACUGGUCAACAACAGCAGCAACAACAGCAGCAGCAGCAGCAGCAACAACAACAGCAACAACAACAGCAGCAGCAACAGCAUCAGCAACACGCGCAACACCAACAGCAUCCACAACAUCCACAACAUCAGCAACAUCAACCACAUCAACAGCACCAGCAGCAGCAGCACGGUCAACAUCCACAGCAUCAGCAGCAUCAUUCACAGCAUCAGCAGCAGCAGCAUCAGCAACAUCAACAUCAGCCGCAUCAGCAGCACCAUGGACAGCAGACGACUGGGCCAAAGCAGCAAACACAGCAAGGCAAGCAAACCGGCCCCGGUAUGGGUAACUUACCUGGCGGAAUGGUCGGUGGACAGGGAGGUGUUGGCAAUGUGGGCAAUAACGUUGGACCCCAGAACACGAUACCAAACGUUCCAGGGCAGGGUAUAAAUACUGGAAAUGUCGGUGGCAAUGCUUCUAAUCAGAACCAUCCUCAGAACCAAGUGCCCAAUUCACAAGGAUCAUCCAUUGUUAACGAGGCACAGUAUACGGUAUCACAAUCCCAAACGAUCAACUUUACGCAACAAACGUUACGAGCCCGACAGCAGCAGCAGCACCAGGUUAAUGGAAAUGUGGGUAUGGCAAAUGGCGCUGGUCCGCAACAUCAACAGCAGCAACCCGGAAUGGGAGGACCAGCACAGAACCAACCUCAGCAGCAACAACAGCAGCAGCCAACACAUGCGGGUGGACCACCAGGCGGGCAAGGGCUUGGCGGCAAUGGUCCAGGAGGUGCUACUGGCCCCGGUAUUGGACCGGGCGGUGGAACAGUACCACCUGGUAUGGUUGGUGGUAUGGUUGGUUCGGGUGGCAUGGGAGGUCCUGGCGGUCCGGGUAAUGGCGGUGUUGGAAUGGGACCCAACGUUCCCAUGGGAAUGGGUGGCAUGGGCGGUCCGAAUGGAGGUGGCAUCAGUGGGCUGAAUACGAUGGUGUCAAACUCGAUGGCCCCCGGCGCUGGUAACGGUACGGGUGUUGUGAAUGGUGCAGGCAUGGGCGGUGCUAAUGGCGGCAUGAUACAUGCUGCCGGUGGUGGUGCUAGUGGCCCGGCAGGAGCAAUGCGACACGCGGAGCAGAUGAAAUUUUUGCAACAACAGCAGCAGCAGCAGCAGCAAAUGAUACGCGCCCAAGCCAUGCAACAGCAGAUGGUGGCCGGUGCUCGACCACCUCCACCAGACUAUAAAGCGGCACAGCAGGCGAACCCAGCAGCAGCAGCGGCAGCAGCGGCCAUGAUGCAGCAGCAACAGGCACAGCAGCAACAAAUGCUACAUGCUGGUGGCCGUUUUCCAGCUAUGCGAAGAAUCACGCAGCAGCCGAUUCCCCCUAGUGGACCCAUGAUGCGAGCCCAACAUGCAGCUUACAUGCAACAGCAGCAGCAGAUGGCUGGUCACAGUGGCCCUAGAGGACCGGCGGGCAUGGUAGGAGGGUUCGGUGGAGGUGCUGGACCCAACGUUGGAGUUGUUCCUGGUGCAGGCGGUGCUGGUGGAGGUGCUGCUGGUGGUAGUGGUGGUGGUGCAGGAACGGUAACCGGAUCGGUUAUGAAUGGGCCGGUACAACGGCCUCCAAAUGUGCAGGUAGGACCAGAAGGUAUGCCUAUUGGGUCGCAGCAAGCAGAAUGGCGGCAUAUGAUGGCCAUGCAACAGCAGCAAGUCAAUUUUGGUGCCACAAGUGGUGGAAGUAUGCGUCCAGGAUUUGGUGGUCCAGCCAGUGGUCCAGUUGGAGGGCCAAAUGGUCCCGUAUCACGAUUGGAUUCAUCUGUCGGACCAGUCGGGCCGAAUGGGCCGGGUGGACCUGCUAGUUCAAUUGCGGCUGGUGGUGUGGCUGGAGCUGCUGGUGGUGGAGGAGGUAAUGCUACUGGUCCAGGUAUGGGACCAAGUGGACCAAACAGUGGACCCGGUGGACCGGCCAGUGGUAACAGCAUGACGGCGAUGCAAAUGCAAAUGCUAAGGCAGCAAAAUCUCGCAAUGUACCAAGGGCAAGCCAACAACAGUGGUGGAGCGAUGAACCAAAUGCAAAUGCUCCAGCAACACCAACAGCUGCAGCAGCAAAACAUGAUGAAUCAAAUGCAGAUGAGUCAAAUACACAUGUCUCAGACGCAAACCAUGUCCAUACAGCAGCAGCAACAAAAUCAACAAUCUGUGAUGAAUACUUUUACAACGCAAUCUACGCAACAGUCCACCACAACGACGAUGAUUGGCGGAGGGAGCAGUACUGGUUCAAUCGGUGGUGGCCCGGGAGUAGGACCAAACGUGAACGGUAAUAUGAAUCCUGGCAAUAUGCUUACUGGUCCCGGCCCAUCAUCCGCCGGUCCGAAUAGCAAUAAUGGAGGAGGGAACAACAAUAACAGCGGUAGCAACAAUAGCAACAACAACAACAGUGGCAGCGGCAACAUGAACAACAACGGCCCUGGUCCCGGUAAUAACAAUAGCAGCAACAACAACAAUUCAUCCGAGUUCCUAGCGUUCCUGGAGAACCUGCCUGUAGGAGAUCCUAACCAGUUCAAUGCGCAGGACCUGCUCAACUCACUGGACAAUGAUAGUUUUAAUCUUCAGGACAUUCUUUAAACACUGACCAGAGAGAUGAUGAGACGCUGGUGAAAAGUGUGGUGCAGAACAGUCAUUCGUGAAACAUAUGCAUGCAGCCAUACAUGAUGCAGGAUGCACUACAUACAUGCACUCUGUUGCAGUGUGCAGUGCUGCUGAUACAAUGCCACAAAACCCAAAGUUACUCCUGCAGUAGUUGCAACUGCUCCUGGUUGUUGUAUUCACUUAUUACAAAGAAACGAAUAUGUCAUUACGUGUAGUAAAAUACGGUAAAAAGUAACUAAAGAUAAAAGACAAAUCAAAAUGUAACAAACCCUACUAUAUGGUGGAGGCUUAAGCAAAGAGAAGGAACGUGUCCACCGUUGCUUUUGCGGAAGCGCAAACACAAACCCGCAAACAGGCAACAUGUGUUGCAGUGUAUAUAGUUACAUGCCCUUUAAACUCUACCGAACGUAAUUGUGUUGAAAAGUCUUGCAAUUACAGCGACGGUACACGCCAAUUCGACACUUUUGCUGCAAAAGUGUUGGACGUGCUGCCAUUAUAAAAAAAUAAAACGACAAGAAACAAACAUUGCAGAGUAGUAAUAAUUUGCUGCACAUAAACUCAUAAUCCAUUUGUGACGAAUAACAUACGUUAGUUUUCGGUGCUCUCUCUCUCUCUUUCUAUCAUUUUUAGCGCUUCUAUCGGUGGGCGAUGUGAGCGAACAAUGUAGAAAGCAAACCAUUUUGCCACUAUCUGCUUCUUCUUAUUGGCCGGUAGUGAAACUUCACGUUAAACGUAGAACAACAACUGCACGAUAUUUGGCAGUUUACAAUAACGUAGCAGAAAAUAGGAUAAGCUGCAGCUGAUGCAGGCAACAAAACACUACUAUGUUAAACAGACUCAAUGGGAGAGGGGGGUACAAAGCGAUUGACAAACAUUCCUCACUCGAGUACGGUUCGUCCUUUUCUAUACUAACACUGCAUAAACAGUAUGCAGUAUUGGUGCAUAUACUCACAGAUCCUUACACGCAUAAAUGCAGUACGAUUUGACGCAGAGGUUAAGUUAUUCUUCAUCUUGAUAGAAAUAUAUAAGUGAAAAUGCGCGGCGGAGCCUGCAGUUCAUGCCUCGAUUCAUACGUUGCCCAUAGAUGAGUUAGAUUGCUGCAACGGAAAGGGGAGGGUUUCGUCCUUUUUAAAAUGAUGGUUUUUUUUUUAAAUAUGAUGUCUCGAGUAUAUAUUUAUCUCUACGUUUCCAAAUGCAAUCGAUACCGGUUAGGGCUAAUUUAGCAAUACAAUUUGCAAAAAGGUUAAGUGUCUCAUUGUGUUUAGCGGUUUAGCGAAUAGAAAAUAUUUGACACUUGCUUUUCUUGCAAAGAAAACUACAAAAAACUCAGCAUUGAUCGAUUUUGUAAGUAUGUAGUAGUGUCGGACGCUUUCGAUGUUAGGUUUAAUUUUGCCUGUAUUAUACAAUUUUGUACAGUAAAGAUUCACAAUUCGUUUUAUCUAUUUAAAGACAAAGAUAGGUUUGACCAAUUAUUUAAUGUUUUUUUUUAAAUAUCGUGUGUGUAUUAGAGAAUGCGGGAUUGAAGCAGCGCGCAUGCAGCUGCAAAACUAUAAAGAGAUAAGUGACAUGGGUAGCGUUAGUAGAAAGAACAUUCUAAAGAAUAAUCUCUACCUACCACAUACAUUGCAUUAAGAUCAUGAAACAAAACGAUUAAUCGGAAGUAUAAGUACACUUAAGUGUAUUAUAGCAAAACAUUAUGUAUACAAAGCAAAACGGAAGUAGUCGUCACCAUGCAAGUGAAGCGCACCGGGGUGAACUAUGUAAUCAAAUCAACUUGUAACCAAAUCAAAUUUUAUAGAGGAAAAAAGAAAUCAACUAUCACCAAAUAAGAUAAUGCUCUUCUUCACGAUGGUUUCUAGGUUUUUUUUUCUCUUUUGCCAUUCUAGUGACACUUUCGUUCCAAUGCACCAUCAUUUUAUGUAAAACAUUUGUUUAGUGAACGCUUUGGAACGAUAGAAUGGUUUAGAUGGAACCACAACCACAAACCUUAAGCAGGUCCAAUCUUGUCAAUUAACAAUUUACGCACCACCAGAACGUAGUAAGAAUGCUCUAUUUGUUUUUACCUACAUUAGCUUUUUACUGAAUAUUUUCUUUUAGACAAACAAGAAAAAAAAACACUUAAUUUCAUUUACACAAUCCAUCUACGUAAAAAUAGUUCCUUUUUAAAUAGCACGAAUGAUACGAACAACAGGAGGACACCAUCAACCAAUGAUACAAGCUAGUGUUUUUCAUUCCAAUUAUUAACAUCAAACACUUACACAAUUCACUCAUCACGUAUGGCCAAUUGAACAAAAUAUGCAACAUGUAAGGAAAACGUAUGCACAACAACGUGAAAUGAUUGGAAAUAAUUCUGACAUGAAAGUAGCGAAACAAAAGGCGAAAAAGUGAAUGUGCAGGAAGGAAAGAUUUUACAUAAGGUUCUGCGAAAACUUGAAUUGCUAAAAUAUGCACACAUGCAUGGCCAUUGAUACAAUACAAUGAACAAACCACAGAAGAAGAACGAGCAACCGUUUUAGACGGUUUUGAAAUAGAAACUAUAAUAGAAAAUGUAAUUUUAUAUAAAAAAAAAGUAGCCAAACUGUUACUAUCAUCUUGUAUCACUCUUCUUUUGAACUGCGUUCUGGAAGUCGGAAUUUUUCAUUUACCCUCACACACCCUCUCUCUCUCUCUCUUCCUCUCUCUCUCUCUCUAUGUAAUCUUGUUCUUACCACACGUAAAAUGAUACCACAACACCACAGUUACAGUGUACCACUAUGCACGAAAUGCAAAUGCUAAGAUAAAAAUGUGAUUUUUUCUGUUAAAUUAUUUCGGCCAAGCCAUGGGUAUUUGCGUAAAAUCGUAUGAACGGUGUAUGGUGUGUACGGUCGUUUGCGCCAAAAGAUACAUUCACCAACAUAUUUUUAUCUUUUCUGCACGUAACAUUGUUUUAAUGUACACAGUAGAAAAGAUCAAAUCGUCGGAUCGCUGUAGGGGGGAGAGGAGAGCAUAUUGUGAUGUAAAUAUUGAUUUCUGGUGGGAAUUGGUCAUACCGUUCUGUUGAAAGCACCACAAGCUCGAUGGGGGGGGGGGGGGGGGGGGGGGGGGCUGUCCUUUUCAAAGAAGGCCGCAAAGGAGGAUUUCUGUGAAAAAGUAUUUUCGAGAGCCUUUGAAUUAAUGGACUUUAUAGAUUGUAAAGGAAUUCAUUACUUACUAGCAUUAAAAAGGCAUUCGGUUUUUUUUUGUUUAUUCUAGUAAUUUUUAACUAUAAAAAUUCAAAAUAUGAAAUCGUAUCGAGCCAUGAUUGGAACGUGUAACAUUUUUAAGGUAUUAUUUUACUACAUCAUGUACUUUUAUUGAGAAUUAUUAUAUGAUAAUUAAAGCCACACUCACACACGCAUUGAUACAUGGAGCAAUCAAGCGUUGAACGAACUCUUAUUGACAAGUAUGCAAAAACACCAUAACUAAAUGCAGUUUGCAGGAACAAGCUUGAUUGAAAUUGGCAUUUCACUACAUGAAGUUACUCGUUGAUGCCAGAAGCUACAUCCCAGGCGAAACAUAUACGCAAGAGAAUAAAAGAGACAUAAGAGAAAAAUGGUCAAAAACAAAAGAUUAAUUGAAAUAUAGAUAAUUAAAUUGAA